AUGGAUCCUCAUCUGAAAGGGAAGAUAACACCAGAAUGCUUCAAAAAGUUUGCAGAGACAGCAAUGAAGUACGUGGCUGAUCAGGGAAUCGAGAGACCAUUGAUGGGCCAUGUACUGUGGAACCUGGAGUUUGCAUUGCAACUGCAUGAGAGUGUAGAAGAGAGAGGGAAAGGAAUCGAUGAAAUGGACAUGGAGGAAGGAAGCUAUGACGGAACAUGUAAAGGCAAGAAAGAUCCUAACGCAACCAUGGGUUUUGACGGAAAUGUAAUGGAUUCUCGGAGCGGCGGGAUGAGUAUGAGCAUGGGUGGUCAUAGCCUGGCUAGUAACGACUCCGAUGGAUUGACACCAAGUGCUUUUUUCUCACAGAUCAUGAACCCUAAAGGGCAUUGA